CAGUGAGGGUCUAUGGGUCUGAUUGUGUAGUUCUGAUGGAGCCCCCUUUGAGCAAGAGGAACCCGCCAGCGCUGAGAUUAGCGGAUUUGGCAACGGCUCAGGCCAGGCCAUUUCAGAAUAUGACAGGCUUCCCGGCGCUGGGCAGCCCGCCCGCCCACUCCCAACACCGCGCCACAACAGCGCACGUCCGCCCUCGGGACCUGGGCUCUGACCCCAGCGUGGCCAUCACUCCGCUCGGACCCGAGCACAUGGCCCAGGCGAGCGCGCUUGGCCUCAACCCUCACUCACAGGCGCUCCCCGCACAGCCCGAGGCCCCAGCGGCCGCCGCCCGCGCUGCAGCCUCGGUCGUGCACCCGGGCGCCAGCACCUACCCCGGCGGCGGGGGCAGCAGCAGCGUGCAGUCCUCCGCGCCCCCGCCCCCAGCCCCUCCUCUUCCUCCCUCUCUUUCACCCCCUCCCCCUUCUCCUCCUCCUGCCCUCUCGGGCUACACCACCACCAACAGUGGUGGCGGCGGCAGCAGCGGCAAAGGCCACAGCAGGGACUUCGUCCUCCGGAGGGACCUUUCCGCCACGGCCCCCGCGGUGGCCAUGCACGGGGCCCCGCUCGGAGGGGAGCAGCGGUCCGGCACCGGCUCCCCCCAGCUUUCGGCCCCGCCUCCCCACCCGGCCGGCAUGUUCAUCUCGGCCAGCGGCACCUACGCCGGCCCGGACGGCAGCGGCGGCGGGGGCCCGGCGCUCUUCCCCGCGCUGCACGACACGCCGGGAGGCCCCGGCGGCCACCCGCACCCGCUCAACGGCCAGAUGCGCCUGGGGCUGGCGGCAGCGGCGGCAGCCGCGGCGGCUGAGCUGUACGGCCGUGCCGAACCGCCCUUCGCGCCGCGCUCUGGGGAUGCGCACUACGGGGCGGUUGCGGCCGCUGCAGCCGCCGCCCUGCAUGGCUACGGAGCUGUGAACUUAAACCUGAACCUGGCGGCAGCGGCGGCUGCCGCGGCGGCGGCUGGACCGGGGCCCCACCUGCAACACCACGCGCCGCCCCCGGCGCCGCCACCGCCGCCGGCGACCGCGCAGCACCCGCAUCAGCACCACCCCCACCUCCCAGGGGCGGCCGGGGCCUUCCUGCGCUACAUGCGGCAGCCAAUCAAGCAGGAGCUCAUCUGCAAGUGGAUCGACCCCGACGAGCUGGCCGGGCCGCCGCCGCCGCCGCCACCGCCCCCGGCCGGCGGCGCCAAGCCCUGCUCUAAAACUUUCGGCACCAUGCACGAGCUGGUGAAUCACGUCACGGUAGAGCACGUGGGCGGCCCCGAGCAAAGCAGCCACGUCUGCUUUUGGGAGGAUUGUCCGCGCGAGGGCAAGCCCUUCAAGGCCAAAUACAAGCUCAUCAACCACAUCCGCGUGCACACCGGCGAGAAGCCCUUUCCCUGCCCCUUCCCGGGCUGUGGCAAGGUCUUCGCGCGCUCCGAGAACCUCAAGAUCCAUAAGCGCACUCAUACAGGGGAAAAGCCUUUCAAAUGUGAAUUUGAUGGCUGUGACAGGAAGUUUGCCAACAGCAGUGAUCGAAAGAAACAUUCCCACGUCCACACCAGCGACAAGCCCUACUACUGCAAGAUCCGAGGCUGUGACAAAUCCUACACCCACCCGAGCUCCCUGAGGAAGCACAUGAAGAUUCACUGCAAGUCCCCACCGCCUUCUCCAGGAGCCCUGGGUUACUCAUCAGUGGGGACUCCAGUGGGUGCCCCCUUGUCCCCUGUGCUGGACCCAACCAGGAGUCGCUCUAGCACUCUGUCCCCUCAGGUGACCAAUCUCAAUGAGUGGUACGUCUGCCAGGCCAGUGGGGCUCCCAGCCACCUCCACACCCCUUCCAGCAAUGGAACCACUUCUGAGUCUGAAGAUGAGGAGAUAUAUGGGAACUCUGAAGUUGUGCGGACGAUACAUUAGAAGUCAUCAGUAAUAAUAAUAAGUAAAAUAAUAAGUGGGAGCCCUUGGACCAUAUCCUAACCUGAGACAAUGCCGAGCCUGAGACAAACCCAUGACUCAGACUUGCCACCGGGUCUAAUUAGCCCUAUUUAUUCGGUAUGAAACCCUAUGGUGUUUGUACAUUUAAUUAAUUUAAUUAAGAUAUUUGGGCUUUUUUUUUUUUUUUUCUUAGAAAACAAACAAACACAAACCCAACCAAGCUGGACUUGUAUGUUGCAGGGGGACAGGCCUGGGAGCAAACUGUACCAGGGAAAAUGAAAGGAGGGAUCAGUUAAUCGAGAUACACACUGCCAAUGCAAUAUAUAUGGUUUUUAAAAGGGUGAGAGAAAGAGCAUGAAGUCAGAACUCCACACAGCAACAAGGCCCUCUGCAUUUCCUGGAGUGCCUCAUGAAUGCCUUUGACACCAUAAUGCGCUUCUCUGGAGUCUCUGCCUCCUGCUUGGGCCCUAAUUCUGCAAAGCCCUCUUGAUUGUAAACCACACACUUGCUGCAUUGCCCACAGAUCUUGGACUAUACCUGUGUCCAAAAAUAUUUGUAAAAAACCCUUUAAGUUCUAAUACUUAUAAUUUUUGAUUUCUACUCUUAUUACUGAUCUCACCGUAACACUAUUUUUAUACAGGAUUAUUUCUUCAGUACCCUGCUUGUAUGAUUUAACAAAGGAAAAAAAAAAGAUGCAGCAACCUUAGUUCAUCUCCAUAUAUUGUGCUACUGUGAUUGUUCAAGCUAAGUGGAGAGAAGAAAAAGCUGCUGUAAUAGACAACUGUGAAACUGUGAUAUUUGAUAAAAUAGAAGAAAUUCAAGUGCUCUCUUUCUCCUCUUUUUUUUUAAACUGAAAUCUCAGAUGCUGCCUCUUUACUCUGUCCAAACUUCUUGUGUAAUAAAGAGAUUAUGUUUUAGAGCAUAAGUUCUUUGGGAUGCCAAAAUUAACAGGUAAGUGUAAGGAGGUGUGAUGUUGGCAACAUGCCUACUUUUUGGGAACGCUGUUUUAAAAAGAGGCCAACCCCUCUUUUAUACUCUUGUAUCAAUCUUUUAAAAAGUCCUUAUUUUUCAAUACCUGAAAUUGCAUUUUGAUGCGUUUUCUUCCACCUGAGCACGCAUAACUAUCCCAUUUGAAAAUGAAAGUAUGAUUUACAUUAAAAGAGGGGAGGGAGUUGCUAUACAUAUUAAAAUUUUUUAAAGGUUUAUAGUUACCACCAAACACUGAUGAAUGUGUGACCUUUGCCAGAGCUGUCAAGCUAGUAUAAGAAAGGUCAAGGACCUAGGACAAUAACUCUUAGUCAAUUUAUUUUCAGUUGGUACAACACAUCUUGUGUGCAAAACAUAGUCCAUCAUAAACAUCAUACAAAUAUACUAAAGAGCACUAAUUUAUCCUCAGAGACCCUGAAGACACCCCCUCCCCAGGGUUUGUAGAAAUUUGUGUGCUGUGAGUGGUUGAUGUAGUCUUGUCAUUGUUAAUAACUUGUAUGUGAACACUAUUAUUUGUACAGUUGAAUUAAUUUA